UGGGCGGGGCAGGAGGCCGCGCGCAGAGGGAGGUGCUGCGGAGCCGCUUAGGGUCUCGGCGUCUGUCGGGCGGAGGACUCGGCGGGGUCACCGAGGGCCAUGGCGGAGGCGGGUCCGGUAACGAUGACUUUUGAUGAUGUGGCCUUAUACUUUUCGGAGCAAGAGUGGGAGAUCCUGGAGCAGUGGCAGAAGGAAAUGUAUCAGCAAGUGAUGAAGACCAAUUAUGAGACUCUUGAUUCGCUGGGUGGCAUUUUCUCCAAGCCGAAUUUGAUCACCUGGAUAGAACAAGGGAGAAUGCUGUUAAUCAGCGACCAGGGACCCUUGGAGAAAAACAUGACAUUUAGCCCUUCUACUGAUGAGCAGUGGGACUUGCAGAAGACUGGAAAGUUGCUGUAUUUUGGUGACCAAGGAACUCUCGGGGCAAAAGAGGAGGAAGGCCAUUUAAAUGGUCUAAAGAAGGGUUCAUGUGCUACCUUAGCAGGGCAGGAGAGAAAGAUCUUAUCAGAUCAAAGAGCUGCGUUACAGCAUCCAAGUCUCCAAGACAUAGGGAUUGUACAUAGGAACCUCGACCUCGGAGCAUCUGGUCAGGAUAAGAACAAUCCAGGGUGUAAGCGGACAGGUACUCCAGACCACCUGGAAAUUCCACCAGGACCCAGAUUUUAUUUCUGCUUUGUCUGUGGGAAGGUUUUUCAGCUAAAGAGGGACUUGGUAAAGCACAAAAGAAGCCACUCUAAGAGCCAGCCCUGUAAAUACUCCAAGUACAAAAACAAAUCCAGAGGGAACCCCGAGCUCAGGUGGCACCGGAUGAUCCUACGUAAGAAGCAGCGUUUCCAGUGUGGCAAGUGCGAGAAGAGCUACUGUCUCAGAUGCAGCCUGGUCACUCACCACUGGGUCGUUCACUCAGGGCAGCAGCGCUAUCCAUGCCCGGAGUGUGACAAGACCUUCCAGUGUAAAGCCACUUUGAAGAAGCAUCUGUGUUUGCACAAAAGGGAGAAGCCAUUUUCCUGUGAGCAGUGUGGCAAGGGUUUCAUCCAGCGACGCAAGCUCACGGAGCACCACAGGGUGCACACUGGGGAGAAGCCUUUCCAGUGUCCAGAGUGCCACAGAAGCUUCCGCCUACAGAAGAGUUUGAAGGCCCAUCUUUGCCAACACAACGAGAAGAAGCCCUUCCAUUGUCCAGAAUGUGGCAGAAGCUUCUCCCGGAAGGCUGCCGUGAAGGCCCACCAGAGAAUGCACAGUGGAGAGAAGCCAUUCUCUUGUGACGAGUGUGGUAGGAAGUUCACACACAAGACGAAACUCACUGAACAUAUCAGAGUCCAUACCGGAGAGAAGCCCUUCCAGUGUCCUGAGUGUAAGAAAAGUUUCCGCCUGAAGAGAAGCCUAAAAGCCCAUCUGUUUCAGCACAGUGGGAAGAAGCCCUUCCAGUGUCCCGAGUGUGACCGGAGCUUCUCUUGGAAGAAUGCCAUGAAGGCCCAUCAGCGUUUACAUAGUGAGGAGAAGCCGUUCUCCUGUGGCGAGUGUGGCAAGAGGUUCACCCGGCCCUCUAAGCUCACUCGCCACGGCAGAGUCCACAGCAGGCAAAAGGAAUUCUCCUGUGGUGAGUGCAAAAAGACCUUUCCUCGGCAGUCGAGGCUCACGGAGCACCUCAAAGUCCACACCAGAGAAAAGCCCUUCUCCUGUUCUGAGUGCCCUCGGAGCUUUAGCCGACACUCGCACCUCACUGAGCACAUGAGACUUCACAGUGGGGAGGAUCCUUUCCAGUGUCCCGAGUGUGACAAGAGCUUCUUCUGGAAGGCCUCCAUGAAAUUUCACCAGCGGAUACACAGGGGCGAGAAGCCCUUUGCUUGCGGUGAGUGUGGUAAGACCUACACUCAACAGUCUCAGCUCACGGAACACAAGAGAAUCCACAGUGGAGAGAAACCCUUCCAGUGUCCUGAGUGCCACAAAAGUUUCCGUCUCAAAGGAAAUCUGAAAAGCCACCUGCUCCAGCACAGUGACAAAAAGCCAUUCUCCUGCGUUAAAUGUGGCAAAAGUUUCACUCAGCAGUACAGGCUCACCGAACACAUUCGAGUCCAUAGUGGGGAGAAGCCCUUCCAGUGUCCCGAGUGUGACAAGAGCUACUGCAUAAGGGGAAGCUUGAAGGUCCAUUUGCAUACGCAUAGUGGAGAGAAGCCCUUCAGGUGCUCGGAAUGUGGCAAGGGGUUCCUCCAGAAGAGAAGUCUGAAGACCCAUCUGCACCAUCACAGAGGGGAGAGGCCUUUUUCUUGUGAUGAAUGUGGAAGGAGCUUUACGUACAUGGGGGCCCUGAACACUCAUGUUGGAGUGCAUGCCAAGGAGGAGCCCUUCAGUGUCUAGGUCAGGCGGUGCAGAAAGGAGGCGACAGCUUUCAGGUGGAACUAGCAGCUCGUGGAUCCACAGUAUAAGCCGGAUGAGGAAUUCACAACCUGUGGGCCUCAGAUACGCUGGCCAGCUGCGCAGCAGGGAGGGCGUGAUGGCGGCUUGACAGAGACUCCGAUGGUCCAGACAUCCCCGCUCCGUAAUCCCCAUGGGCCAGGCCUGCCAGUCAGGGAAGGAGCAUUUUCUCUCCACUUUCUGUUCCCAGGCCUCCUUACUUAAAUUUGUGUUGAGAUUUUCAGUGUUUUUUCUCCGGCGUGCUGAGAGAGCAUCUGUGUUUAGGCAGGAUUUCUCUCUAUUGCCAAAAAUAAAUGUCAUCUCCCAUCUCCUUUGUUAACAGUGGCGCACAUAUGUGUCAUUUCCCCUCUGGAUUAAUUUAAAUCACCUAAAAGUCCACGAUUGCAAAUCACAAAGUCUUAUAUCUAACCCCUCCGCAUUUUUAACAGUGUAUGUCAAUUCGCCAAGAAACAGACUUGCCUUAAUAUUGGGGUCUCUUAGGUAAAUACCAAAGGGAAAGAUACUGCCAGUCCAGGACAUCUCUCCAUUUUUUUGUUCUGUGGCUUAAUCUAUCAUCAUAAGGUGAUUUUCCAGCCGGUUCUAGCAAACCUUUGUCUGUCUUUUGGACUGUCUUUUAAUAUCAUUCCUACAAAAAUGUAUAGAUUAGCUUCCUUAGGGAAUCCUUGGGGCCUAUGUAAAUUUUCCAUUUUUGUAGUACAUGGUGGUUGCAGAUUACCUGAAUCGGCCGGAACCAAGGGCACCCCACAAAUCAGCGUUUGUAUGAAAAGGAGAGAUGCCACCUCCGGUUGGUCCAUCCCUGUAGGUGCAAGCAUCUGUGAAUCAGUGGUGUCUUUGUGCGAAGAAAAAGACAUUUUCCCUAACCCAUGCCAGAGCACGUGUGGGCUAGAUGUCCACCCUGGCUGGCCUCUUCACCAGCGUACCUCAGGACAACUCUGUGCCUGCCUGGGAGACAUGUUGAAAAUACAGGCCCUGCGGACCCUUCCCAGAUGUACUGAGAGACAGUCUUUUCAAGUGAAGUUGUUUGAAAAGUUUCAGAACAUAUGAUGUAGCGAGUGGCGAAACCAGAAGAGGGAAAGUUCUGUUUGAAAGCAUUUUAGUCAUCCUGUGAAGUUAAGGUUAGGUCUUUUCCUUUAAGCCUUUUCUCUCCUCUGUUUUGUAAUAAAGCUGCUCAUGAUGAAGGUUUCUUACAUUAUGGAUAUAUUAGCUCAGGCUAUAACAAAAUACUACAGACUGGGGGGCUUAAACCACAGAGAAUUAUUUCAGUUCUGAAGGCUAGAGGUCCAAGAUCAAGGUGCCAGCAGGGUUCUGAUGAGAACUGGCUUCCCAGGUCCUCAUAUGGCUUUUUCUUUGGGUACGGGUGAAUCUCAGGUGUUCCUUUCUCUUAUUAGGAGGACACCAAUCCUAUUGGAUUAGGGCCUCUUAGCCUUAGCUAAUUGAUAUUGGAAAACCUAAUGAUGUGCACUAGACCUGAACAAAGUGAAUGAGGAGGCACAGAGAUUAGGAGUGCUGUGCUUUCCUAAAUGGGAAAAAAUACCAAGAAUGGUGAAGAAGCACCACCCCCCCCAAAAAAAACCUCAAACUAAUAACUAGCUCUUGUUAUUUGUGUCUGCCCAUCUCUCUUCUGAGCCACAGCUUGGGUAGUGAAGUCAUGUGUUCUCUCUUAGGUGUGGAUGACUUUCAAGUCUACAGAUCCAUAUCCAUAGUUGACCUUCCUCCUGAGUAUUUCUGACUUCCAUAGGCAUCUCACACACAAAAUGCCCAGGAUAGGACUCCUCAUCCAUAUCAGCCCUCACUCUGCACCUUCUCGUAUACUCUGUGUUUCCCACUUCCAAAGUCACACUAACUAGUUCCCAGAUCUGUUAAUGAUCUAGGUUUUCCUACACCCAACCUGUCUCCUAAAUUCCUCCCAAACACCCUCCUUUAUCUCUAUCAUCACCCCUAACUGAAGCCAACUUUUAAAAAUUGUUUAGUGUUAAAAAAAAAAAUUGUUUAGUGUUUAUAUUAACAGUUUUUUCGGGCAGUGCAUUCAUCCCCCUAGUAACAGAUUGGUUUUCCUAAAAUGCAACUCAAAUGUUAUUCUCCACAUAAUAUUUUUAGAAGUUUGUGAUUUUAUUAUAAAUGCAAACUCUAACAUGACAUUUAGGAAAAAACCCCCAAGCUGACCCAGACCUGCCUUUUCAGCUGAAGCUUGUUACCUCUUUACCUUAUGAACUUCACUCUUACCAAACGACUGCUCUCUUUCCCAAGUGCAUCCUGUCCUCAUAACUGCUCCUUCAUCUUCCUAACUCCUUGCUCCAGCAUUCAGUCUCAACACCAGGAACAUUUGGGGUAUGUGCACAGUGUCAGCACAUCCUCUAAACUUCUUUCUCUAAUAGCACUCUUCGCAUCCACCUGAAACCUGCCUGCUUCCCUCAUACGCUGAACCCCUGCCAAGGCUGGAAUUUGAUCUCGCUUUUGCAUUUUCUCCAUCCAGAUCAAGCCGUUCUGUGGCUUAAUACUUGGAUCUAUGCUACACCCACUAACACAGGGCGGGGUGGGGUGAAAGAGCACUGAACCACAUAGGACUUGAUUAUGGACUUGAGGGCUCUAGGGAAUCAGGUAGACACAACUACAAAGCAGCUAGCAGGAAUAGUUGGAUCUGCGCAUGUUCUCACAUAUACACAGAAACUCUACCAACCACCUUCUGAUCCUGUAGACUAAUUUCAGAACCUAUAAAGAGAUCUAAGUUUAAGUGGCCCAACAAGACAAAAUCAGAAGAUGAAUUCACUCCAUAUAAAUUUAAGUAAUAGAGAAUUCUGGAAGAUACCUUAAAAUCAGUACACUUCAUUCACCAAAAUAUAAAUGGAUUCUAACAUUUAAAAAUACUAGUAAAUAAAAAGUGAAGAAGUGAUAUACAAAAAAGUGGGUAUGAAAAAGAGCCUUGGAAACGAGAAGGUAAAGUUACUGACUCACCUGAGACCUAGAAUAGAGCAAGCUUUAGGAAUCUACCCAGAAUGAAGAAGAGAGAGAAAUAUGAAAAAGUAUGAAAGCAGUGAAGAUACACAGAAAAUUGAGAGCUUUCAAUAUAUAACUAA